AUGAGCAAGACGAUGUUAAGAUUUGUUAGACCAAAAAGUAGCCAAGGGCUGCUUGUACAUCGUAAUGCAUACCUGAGACACAGGUUUUCAGCAAGGAGGACUGGGAAACGGUUUUUCGGCUCCCAUAAAGAUAGAAAUUCGGAAGAGGGCCCUUCCAGGCAUUACGUUUUGGGGGCAUUGUUAACUAUUUUGGUUCCCUAUACUGGUUAUGCAUUGUUCGUUACAACAAGUGCUUCUAAGGAAAUUGACAACAGACGCGAGAAAUGCACCAAGAUUGAGAAGAUUGGGGAGAACUAUCAAGGAACUCUCGUGAAGUAUUCACCUCUACAGAUACUGGGCAGAUACGAAAACCCUUUCGACGAGUACAGAAUACAAACUAUCUACGAGUUCUUUUGCAAUAGGGUAAUUGAACUUUUUCAAAGAAAUAGAGGAGGGAUACCUGUCGACCCGGUUGACAUGAGGAGCCUGAUGCCUAUACAUAAGCCGACUUGGGACUCUGAUAACGAUAUUAUUGACUUCAAUAAUGAUUCCAAACCACUUAACUGCCAGAUUCUAGCUGAGAACUCUCCAGAAGCUGUAUCAAUACAAUAUGCAAAAGAUCCUAUCAGUAAUAUUCCAGUGUACAACACUUGGUUAGGUCAAUCAUGUAAUUAUACGAUCUAUAAUGGCCUUAAGAUAUUAACAGACCCUUUAUUCACCGACUUUCUUCUGCAUGAACAAUUAGGUCCAAAACGAAUCACAGAAAUGCCAUGCAAUAUUGAGGAAAUUCCCACACCCGAUAUUAUAUUGGUAUCGCAUAAUCAUCCGGACCAUCUGGAUUUCAAAAGCAUAGAAUUCUGGAAAACAGGGCAUCCGUUGUGGAUAGUCCCAAAAGGGUUGGGCUACUUUAUGGUGGAGCAUGGCGUUUCAAACGUUAUCGAAUUAUCAUGGUGGCAGACAUGUGAAGUAACAAAAAAUGAUCAGACGUACCAUUUUUCCUGCACUCCUGCUAUGCACUGGUCAGGAAGAUCGUUAUUGGAUGCAAAUAGAUCACUUUGGUGCUCUUAUAUGUUAAGCCAUAAAGGCAAGCCUAUUUUAUUCCAUGGGGGUGAUACAGGCUACGUGAAGGAUCUUUUCACAAGGAUCAAACAAAGAUACGGAAAAUGUUGUAGACUAGCUCUGUUACCAUGCGGGCAAUAUUGUCCCGAAUGGCAUCAAAAACCAAGACAUAUCAACCCACAAGAAGUCAUAAAAAUAAUGAAAGAUCUGGAGGCUGAGAAUGUUUUGGGUGUCCAUUGGGGAACGUUUGUUUUAAGCGGAGAGUAUUUCAGAGAGCCAAAAGAAAAGUUAGAGAUGUUAGCCAGAUGGAAAUCACUUGAGGGUAGGUGCUUUUGCCCAGAACUGGGUAAAACGGAAAAAUUCUAA